CAGUUAGUUCAUUCAUUCAUUCUCUUCCCAUUUCUUCUGCUUCUUCUUCUUCCUCCUAAUUUCUUUCUCUUUCUCACAUAUUCCCAAAAAAUUAAGAUGAGAAAACCUUGCUGCGAUAAACAAGACAUGAAUAAAGGAGCCUGGUCCAAAGAAGAAGACCAAAGGCUCAUUGACUACAUCACUAAGCAUGGUGAAGGUAAAUGGCGCUCAAUUCCACAAGCUGCAGGUUUGCUUCGUUGUGGGAAAAGUUGUCGAUUAAGAUGGAUAAACUACCUAAGGCCAGACCUGAAAAGAGGCAACUUUGGUGAAGAUGAGGAGGAUCUCAUCAUCAAGCUUCAUGCCCUCUUGGGAAAUAGGUGGUCUCUCAUAGCUGGAAGGUUGCCUGGGAGGACAGACAAUGAGGUGAAAAAUUACUGGAACUCUCAUCUAAGAAGAAAGCUCCUGAGCAUGGGAAUCAAUCCAGAUAAUCAUCGAAUUAACAGCGUUUCUUCUGUUCUUCGCCCACAAUCAUCAGUUAAGUCGUUUCAUCAACAAGAAGAUCAACAUCCGCUCAUCUCUAGUAGUGCUUUAAUUUCAGAUGAAGCUGAUUUGAAUCUUAGUCUUGCUGCCUCUAAUCCCUUUAAAGAGAUGAACCAAAACUUAAUUUAUACUGAUGCAAAAGAGGACACAGUAGUCAAAUCCUCCACUCUUCUUCUCUUCAAAUGAUGAUCUGAUGCAGAAGUUAACCGAAAGUUACCUACCUAUGUGACAUGUAAGGAUUUGUAUUUGAUGGAUUUUCAAAAAGUCCUAUGUUAUAAGGAUAAAAUUACAUGUGCAAACUUUUCUGACUUAUGCAUACUGUCUAAUAUGAUAAUAUGUCAUAAUAAUCAGUAUGAAUAAGUUAGCAAAAAAUAUUUAUACAUGUAAUUUUACUCAUAUUAUAUAUUCGUGUAGGAGACAUACACUCGUUCGUAUUUUUAGAACGAGUUGUCUUAAAUAUGUCUAAUAUAUCAUAUAUGUGUUAUAAUUAUAUCUUUUAUAUAUGUUUAUAACAGAAAUAUAUAUAUGAAGUAUGGUCUAUGCUAAUCGUCUUGUACACAAUGAAUAUGUGUUAUAUUGUACAACUUUUAUGUCCAUUUAUAAAAAUGGAUAUGUAAAAUGCAUUUAAGUUCAAAUCUUUA